AUGCAUCCAGAAUUUCCGGAUGAGGACAUCAUGUCCUUUUUUGAGGACGAAGUAGAUGAUGAAGAUAAGGACAAAUGGAUUGUGUGGUUUGACUACGCGUCUAAUGCACUAGGCCAUGGAGUUGGGGCGAUUUUGGUUUCCCCUGACAAACAAUAUAUACGUUUCAUGGCUAGAUUGGGUUUUGACUACACAAAUAACAUAGCUGAGUAUGAGGUAUGCGCCCUUGGGAUCCAAGCGGUAAUUGACUUUAAGGUCAAGUUGCUCAAGGUAUAUGGGGACUCAGCCUUGGUAAUCCACCAGUUGAGAGGGGAAUGGGAGACCAGGGAUCAUAAGUUGGUAUCCUACCAGGCCUACAUCAGGAAGUUGAUAGAAUUCUUUGAUGACAUAAUCUUUUAUCACAUUCCUCGAAAGGAGAAUCAGAUGGAUGAUGCCCUUGCCACUCUAGCGUCCAUGUUCCAAUUAACCCCACACGGGGAUUUUCCAUACAUCGAAUUCAGAUGUCGUGGCAAGCCUGCAUAUUUCUGCUUGAUAGAAGAAGAGCAGGAUGGUAAACCUUGGUACUUCAAUAUCAAAUGA